AGAGAGAGAGAGAGAGAAAGGGAGUGCUGUUUCUGAAAUGACAAAUACGCGGAUCGGCACGAGUCACUGGCCCGAGCGAGUCUCGGCCUCGAAUACAUACGAGUAUCCAUUAACGAGGUGUAAAUCAGACGGGCCGAGACAUUUAAUCGUUCGGCAGCGCGAAUUUCACCGUCGCCCGAUCGAAGUAAUUUCGCGUUUUUGCGCGCCCUCCGCGCCGCGCGCCGUGUCAAUUCCGCAAUCGAGCUAGCGCGCGCUUCCUCUUUCCGUUCUUUCCUUUUGUUCUUUCUGCGCUUUCAUUUCGACGUGUACACCUCUCGUCGACUGGUAGCACCGCUUCUUCCUUCUGUCCGCGCGCGCGGCACCGCCGUUCGCUAGUUAUGCCGCGAGAACUGACGUCAAUGCGACCCCGCCGGUCAAUUAAUCGCGCACGAACGAUCGCGCGCACCUGCUUGGGCACCGUCGAGCGGCGCAACAAAUAUUCGUUAAUUGAAAAUGAUCCGCGGCUCGAUCGAUCUUGCCAGCGUGCGCGAGUUGACGUUAUCUACGUCGGUGAAAACGGACGUAAUAAUGGGCGAAACGGACGACGCGAGGCGAGGGCGAACUUGUAUACGCAGAAAGGCUGCCGGAUAAGCGACAGAGACGUUCUCCACGAGGAUACUCAGUUGUCUCAGCAUAUCGGUGAGAGAGAGAGAGAGACGGACGAUCGUUUCUUCCAGCGGACCGAGGGCGAAGAGUAACAGGACGAGCGGUUGCGGGCGAGACGGCGCGAUGUUCGAGAACAUUGCGCGCUGUCACCGAUGAAAUUGGAUCGCGUCGUCCUCUCGGUGAGGAAGCGAAUCGCCCGUACGUUGUAGUAGAAGAGUCUUCGACGGCGGUUCGAACGAACCUCAAGGAUACAUCGAACGAACGAACGAACGAACGAACGAACGAACGAACGAACGAUCGUCGUCAUCGUCGUCGUCGUCGUCAUCACGAAAGUAUGAAUCCAGCGAGAAGAGGCGGGGCGUAUCAUGACCGGAUCAGAAUCACGUAAUAUUGCGUGGCGUGGCGUGUCACGUGCCACAUGGUCGGGAUAACUCUUCGUGAGUGGUGAAAGCGGGAUAAAUCGUGCGCGAUUAAUCGCCCUUUAAUCGCACGCUAAAGUUUAAAGGUGAUUGUCGCGAAAAUUGAAAGCACUUGGCCGGUGGUUUGAAGCACAGACAUGUCGAGACGACCUCGCGGUCGGCUCGACGCGGAACUCGCUGGCGCCGCCGGCUUCGUAUAAAACGCGGUCGGUGAUCAAGAAGAAGAAGAGGAGGAGGAGAAGGAGGAGAAGGAAGAAGGAGAGGAAACUCUCGGAGCGUAUGGCAGGAGGAGAGAGAGGGGGAGAGGGAGCGAGCGAGAGGCGCAAAAUGGGAGCAACAAAAUAUGUGUUAGGCAGCGCGAUCUUGGGACUCUUUUGGAGCAGCUUGCUGAAGGGCGUCCUGACCAACUCCACCAGCAGGUGCGACUAUCCGCCCUGCUCCUGCGACCACUACGGCAGACUGACCUGUGACUGCAAGGAGGAGGGCGAGGAAUUGAUCCUGACUACGGAGGGGGACCGACGGCUGAGUCCGCACACCAGCCGAAUAGUAGUGAACAACUGCUCGUCCGUGAUCCUGAUGAACUCGAGCCUAGCCUCGAUGACCGGGCUGCGAUCGGUGGACCUGGUGAACGUGGCGAACCUGAGCCUGGCCCGGCAGAGCUUCGAGCUGUCGUCGCACAGCGCGCGCACACGGAUCUCCGUGAGGAACAGCAGCAUCGACGUGAUGCCGAGCUUUGUGUUCCGCGGCGACGUCGAGGCGAUCACCUUCGAGAACGUGAGGAUCGGCCAGCUGAGUGCCUUCUCGUUCGCCAAUCUGGUGCACACGGACACCCUGCGGCUGGAGAACUGCCGCAUCGAGACGACGGAGGCGCAGGCCUUCAAGAAGUUCGACGUCGGCUACCUGCACGUGAUCGGCGGUACCUUCGGCGACCAGGUGCCCAGCCGCACCAUGAACGACAUCGAGGUCUACCACAAGUUCAUGCUGGACGGCGUGAGGAUGGGCGUCGUACGUAGCGACGCGUUCAUAGUGAGGAGCCCGCGCACGGUGGCGAUACAAAACUGCGCGAUCGACACUCUGGAGAGCGAGGCAUUCGACGUGACGGCGCACGGCGCCGUGAUCGUGAAGAACAACACCUUCGGUAGCAUCGGGGUGGGCGCGUUCCUCGGCAUACGCGCGGACCGCGAGAUACGACCGCCGCCGUCGUCGUCGUCGUCGUCGUCGUCGUCGUCGUCGUCAUCGUCGUCGACGGCGGCGAUCGGCCUGCAUGACCUCAUCUUCAAGAACAAUAGCGUGAGCAACUUCGAGGAGGGCUCGUUGAUGUUCGACCGCACGAGUUUCCGGCCGGAGCUCGACAAUCUCCUGGUCGCACAAGCUUGCGACUGCCAAAUGCUACCGGUGUGGAAAAACAACGUGCUCAACUACACCAACGUCUACUCGCGGCUGUACGCGCGGCAAAACUCGCUCGUGCCGCCGACGUUGCAGCCGCAGGAGCCGAUCAACGAGACCCCGGAGACGUUUCUAUGCUUGGACGCCCGGGUGGAGGGUGUGCCGACGAGCUUCACCGAUUACGAGGCGCGUCACUGCUCGCUCGGCGGCUCCAUGCUCGUCUUCAUCCUGAUCACCGUGGCUGUCUUAGUGGCCCUCAUAGUGGGCGUAUGCCUGAUCGUCUGGUGUUGUCGGAAACGCAGACGGAACAACCGGAAGAAGUGGAUCAGCGUGCCGACGAACGCGCCCGACGUGGUCUCGAAGAAGAACGGCGUGAUCGGCAGGGAGGCGGCGACCUCCGGCACACCGGUCGACAGUAGGAUAACCAUGGUGGUGCCGGACGGCAGGCUAUACCGGGAGACCGAGUUCCACGUGAUCGUCGAGAAGGCCGAGCCGCUCACGACCGAGUUGUAACGAGAAGCCCCGGGCGGCUCGACGACGAGAGGGCCCGCGAUCGCUCCUGUUGAGGAGGAACUUGAGUGGGCGGAAACGUCGAGUCGUUUCCGAGUGUAUAAGCUGUGAGAGAGAGAGAGAGAGAGAGAGAGAGAGAGAAAGAAAGAGAAAAGGGGGCGGGGAGAGAGAGGACGAGAGAUGGACGCUGCGAUCUCGGCGUCGUUGAAGAGAACAGUGACAUGAGAAUUCAUGAGAUCGCGGUGUUUCGGACGCGAAGAGUCCGCUUCCUGCCGCACAAGGACUCAGAGCCACACAUACACACACACCACACACACGCACACACACACACACACUCCACGGGCGUUGACCGUGCGCGUUAACGAAAACCGCAAACCAUCGCCGCUUGAGGAAUAAUCAAGCGCCCGACGUAAGCGUACCCUCCCAUCUCCCGAACGGUCCUAUUUUUCUUGGUUUUGUCGUUUGUUCAUUUAACUGAUUAUCUCCUAGUACAAGGCAGUUCGUAAACUUCCAUUUACAUAUCACGAGCGGCCGCCGAUUAUGCCGCCGCGGCUCUCCCAUUCCUCGAGCCCCGCCAGUCGACCUUUCGCCCCGAAGGCGGCCGCGUUCCUCGCUGGCGAUCGACGAGAGUUCCGCGGACGAGUCGCGGAUUCGGCGGAUGAUCGGUCACCGCUGUUAGUUAAGUUGAUCAUUGCGUAACUUUCGAGAGCCAGUGCCAGUGUCGUAGAAGACGAAGCGACCUCGUUGAAGCGAUCGCUAUUUAGAAAGGAAGGAGAGUGUGUGCAUGUGUGUGCGUAUGUGCGUGUGCGUAUGUAUGGAAAAAAAAAAAAAAGAGAGAAAGCAGACGAGCGUACUCGUGUAGAGAAAAUCCUAAACUCGCUGUCUUGUGUAAGAUACGCGAUUGGGCCGACCUUUCGCACUGCGUUGCUUUAAGUUUAUCGAUCGCGAUAGCGAUAGCGGCUAUCGACGUUUAAGACGUGUAACGUUAUACGUAUUAGUAAGCGUUUCGAGCGAAUAUCACGGUACGAAAGGACCAAGACGACCGCUCGCUCGGACAGCUGUGCCAUUCCUGGAGUGACGACACAUGUGUCUCGUGUUCACUCCGUAGAAAUUCUGAUCUCUCGAACGAGAAACAAAAUAGACGAAGACGAAGAUGCUACUUCUUAUUAAGCUUUCAUAUCAAAAUUCCUCGGAACCUAUCGUUUUUAUAGAGUGGAAGACCGACGGCGAUGUAAUGCGACAACGAGCAAAAAUAAAGCGACGCGAGAUAAACCUUCCCUAGGUUAAAAAAACAAUCCCCCCCCCCCCACACACACACACACCACGAGAAAAAUAUCGCAACGGCGUAAUCCGUUGAGACGAUAAACCGCCGUGACUCACAUCGGUAUUCAUAGUCAGGCCUUAUAUUUAAGACUUCCUUAAGUUUAUCUUCAGAUGAUCUGCAGCCAAUAAAAUAAUCCGUGCAGCAUCUAAAGAUGGAUACAAGGAGGCCUCAAAUGUAAGGCCCGACUAUGAGUACGUACGUACGUACUGCUGUGGAUUCUCUUAUCGUUUCGUUAUCACGUUGUUCUACUAAUAUCGAUGUAUGUAUUUACUUGCAUGCUUUCGCAGAUACCUUGGCAAUAAACUGUUGUUAUUGUUGUUCUAAUUUACACUUAGUCUUAAGCGAAUCUCAGCGAUGAAAUACUGCGCGUACGCGAUCGCCCCGUGAAAUUAACGAUUAAAUUAAGCAGUUGCAGCACACGAUCCGGCGGGAUUUAUAAUAUUAAAUCAAAUAAUUUGUCACGCGCACCGGCGAUAUGUGUAA